AUGCGCUAUGGGCCUACCGAACGGCGUACAAAAUGCCAAUUGGUCUAUGGCAAAGCUUGCCACUUACCGGUGGAGAUAGAGCACAAAGCAUAUUGGGCCGUCAAGGAGUGCAAUUCCAGUUUGGGAGGGGCCGGAAAAAAGAGGAAGCUACAACUAGUGGAAUUAGAGUGUUUGCGGUUAGAAUCUUAUGAGAACUCUAGACUUUACAAGGAAAAGAUGAAAGCCGUGCAUGAUAAGAACAUAAGAGGAAAAGAAUUUAGAGCCGGCGACCUAGUCCUCCUCUACAAUUCAAGAUUAAGGUUGAUGCCCGGAAAGUUUAGGUCAAGAUGGGAAGGACCUUAUAAAGUCGAAAAGGCGGAGCUGUACGGCGUCUAUCAUUUGCGCCAUCCUUCAAGCUCCGACAUUUCAAGGUCAAUGGGCAUCGGCUAA